AUGUCUCUGAUUAAAAUGUAUAUAGAAGCAUUUAUAAGUGGUUUCUCGAUUUAGCAGUUCUUAUUAUGAAACCUUCCCGAAAAAGUAAGGCCCGGCGCCCGAUUUCUGUGAAAGAGAUACGAAUUUAUUUCAAUUAAAUCCAAUAGUGCAGAUUCUUCCUACUUUCGCUUUCCGUGGAAAUCUCAAUCUUAAUCGGUGUGGAGUGAGCUACUUAGUUAGUUUGUGCUGCCAAUUAAUUAAUUAUUAAGCUUUUAUUCGUUGCUAGAAAAAAUAAUAAUAAAAAAUUGAUCAACUAGAUCAAUGGAAAUUCGUUCAAAGUGGUUUAGUUUAUUGUAUCUAUUAUAAGAGUUAGUGAGGAUAGAUCUGUGAACUAAAAAGAAACUAUCGGGGAACACCUAGGGAAGUUCCAAACGGAAAAUGUGUAGUUGCUAGUUAUCGCCGAACCAACGGAAAUGCCUGAACAUACCAGAAUUUGGAAGACUGUACAUACUCCAAAUAUUAAACUCGACGUUGUCUAGGACUGAACUAUACGCUUAACAUAGGGUCCAGUAUUAUGAUUUCCCCAAAGGCUGCCCUACUGGUUCUUCUUUUCACCAUCACAGUCGAAAAGAGCCCAACGAAAGCUUAUAACGAAUGCAAGAGUCAGUUUGACAAUUGCAGCUGCCUGGUCGAUGGAGGAUUGUGGCUGCAAUGUCCACCUAAUGAUCACAAUCUGGUUAUCCGAGUCGAACACGAAAUAAUUACAAUAAAGUGCAAUAAAAAAACCGAAUUCGACUACGGACAGUUUCCAAUAAUGAACAUAACUGGUCCACCUAACGUGAUAAUCAAAAGAUGUCCUUUGCCUGAAAAUCAAACACUGGCCACAUUUUUGAAGAGAUUUAUCAUCGGACCUGUUCGCACCGUAGCCUCCAGUGGAAAUUUGAACCCUGUACUAACUGCAGAACCUUUCCAGGGGUUGAGUGAUUUGGAAACCUUGGGACUAUUUAAAUUUAACUUAAUCGAGAUAUCGGAUCAUUUCUUCAGCGGCUUGAAGAAGUUAACAACGCUAAACCUGAGAGAUAAUGAUCUUCAUCUAACAAAAGACAUUUUCAUCGGGUUGGAUCAGCUUACCUUUUUAGAGCUUGGGUUAAAUAACCUGCAACACCUGGAGCCAGGUAUAUUCCGGAAUCAAAAACAAAUGGAACGUUUAAAUCUGUGGGGAAACGAGCUCCGAAAUCUCACCAAGGAUACCUUUAUUGGAGCAUCAUCAGUAACAUCCAUUGACCUGAGUAUGAACAAACUCACAACACUGGACUACGACGUAUUUCAGCUCCUUCCGAACUUAGAAGAGAUCAAUUUAAGCAAGAACAAUUUUUCAACACUGCCAGAGAAACUGUUCUUGAAUAAUCAAAAACUGAAAAUUAUACGUCUGAAUAGAAAUAAAAGGCGAAUGGGAUCGUUACCGCCUGAUUUUUUGGCGAAUCAGUCAAUGCUGGUCAAAGUUAAUAUAUCAGCAUCAAUCGUUUCGGUUCCAGGAAGUAUAUUUGCUGGAUCAGAAAACAUCGAAUUGAUAUCCUUUGCGGAUAAUCGAUUGGAAUCCCUGCCAAAUGAAAUUUUUUCAAAUCAAAUUCAUUUGAUUGACUUGGACCUAAGCGGAAAUAGCCUAACGAAGCUUCAUGAUGAUGUAUUUAACAGCACAGUAUCCCUCAAAACACUUUGUUUAUCAUUUAACAAACUGGAGAUUAUAACAAGACAUAUUUUCCGCAACCUCCGCAAACUGCAGGAAAUCGAUUUGAGUAACAACAAUCUCUAUAGCAUCGACCUCCAUGCUUUCCAAGGAACACCAGAACUUCGAAUAUUCAUGGCCCCAAAUAACAAUUUAUCUUCGCUAUCAAGUGGAUUCGAGGAGAAUGAAAAGUCGCCUUUUGAAGUACUGACAAAACUGGAGGAGUUGGACCUUCAAAAUAAUCAGAUCACUCAUAUUUCCAGCAACUGGAUGCAUAGUCUACCGAAUUUGAAAAAAUUAAAUCUAAGUUACAAUAGAGUCACUAAGUUGGGCUCUCAGCAUUUCCAAUUCGCAACCAAUAUGUCUGUAGAUUUAAUGUACAACGCCAUCAAAAUGAUUGAUUUCGAUAAUGGUGAAAAUACUGACCUUAAUAUUUCGGUAGAAUUAGGCGGAAACCCGCUAACAUGUAACUGCAGCUUAUUACCAUUCGUUCAGUAUUUGAACAGAUCUAACCACCAUAGUUUAGUAAAGCAACCACAGAUUUCCGCAAAGUGCGUGGAGCCAGAGGAACUAAAGGGUCGGGGUAUAAUGAGUUUGAAUAACAAACAACUCCUAUGCAAGCAUCACCCAUGUCCCAGCAUGUGUACAUGUUGGAUUCGCUAUGACCAAACCCUUAUUGUUAACUGCUCAGGUUCUAAUUUAACUAAGGUACCCCCACUUCAAGAUGUAUUCAAACCUAAAACCAAAUCAAUUGUUCUGCAUAUCGCCAAUAAUUACAUAACCAAACUUCCAGACAAUCGCUCCACAGGAUAUUCAUUAGUCAGCGAACUGUAUGCCAGCAAUAAUAGUGUUUCACAUUUCACAGAACGAAAUAUCCCAGACAAUUUGCAAGUAUUAGAUUUGUCAAAUAAUAGACUUAAGUGGAUCGAUGCCACUGUGGUUGCACGGAUCACCGAAACCAACCAAACAUCACAUCUAUAUUUAGGCCACAAUCCUUGGCAGUGUGAUUGCAGUGCUCUUAGUUUGUUGCCUUUUAUUCGGGCCAACUUCGAACGUAUUCAAGAUUUGAAUUUUAUGAAAUGCACUACUGGUGCCAAGUUGUCAAUAGUGUCAUCGAAGGAUUUGUGUAAGGAAAGCAUAGUUUCCGAGGUCCUAGCUUAUAUAGCAGCUGCACUUGGUGUGGUCUUUGCACUUCUAGUUGGUUUGAUGUAUCGAUUCCGAACCGAAAUCAAAGUUUGGUUAUUCGAGCAUAAUAUGUGUCUGCACCUUGCUACCGAAGAGAAUGUUGACGAAGGCAAAAAAUAUGAUGCCUUCAUAUCAUACUCACAUAAGGACGAGGAUUUUGUUGUUGAGAACCUCCUACCCAAUCUCGAAAACGGUCCAAGACCUUACAAACUUUGUUUACACGAACGCGAUUGGGUUCCUGGCGAAUCCAUCCCAACUCAAAUUAUCCAAUCAGUGAAUGAUUCCCGACGCACAAUAAUUGUCCUGUCACCAAAUUUUCUUGAAUCAGUUUGGGGAUCAUUGGAAUUCCAAGUUGCUUAUAAGGCCGCUCUGGAAGAAGCCCGGACUCGGAUUAUUAUUAUAAUGUACUGUGGCAUCGGGAAUAGUGUUGAUGUUGGUCGCGAAUUAAAAGCUUAUUUGAAUACAAACACUUAUUUGAAAUGGGGUGAUCCUUGGUUUUGGGAGAAGUUGCGUUACGCAAUGCCCCAUUCACCAUACAGAAAAAAGACCAAAAAAAUAUCAGAAAAAAAAGAAUUUGAAGAUUCUGAAGAUAUAAAGCUACAGGCAAUGAAACCUUUAGACGAACUACCCCCGCCAGCGGCAAUUCCUCUAGAAGAGACGCAUCUAUUGUCCAAAUUGGAAGGGCAGUAUGCAAAUGAGUUUAUAUGAGACCCAAGGUGGCGAACUUCGUGAAUAAUCUAGCCAGGACGGCAAACCUGCACCCGACUGAUGUACAUUGUGUUUUAAAUUCUUCUACUGAUUUAUUCAGGUAGGGCUCAAAAUACAUCCCAUGUAUGCAGGAUUGUUUGGAACUUCGUCAAAAUCGACCCUGCCGGUUGUAUAGGAAACUUGCCCUUUCAGUAAAAUCUAAAAGGCUGAGAAGCAACUAUGUAAGCAUCUUACGCGCCUUAUUUUAGGACACCAACUUCUCUAUCGAGAACAUAAGGACUAAUGGUUCUCUACAUUCAAAACAUUGCAUUACGGUAGUUUACUAUUUCUUCAACUCCCCCUUGGCCACAAUGUUACGUAAUUAUAAUCGUUUGCAGCUUGGUCCUCUGGCUUCAUCCCUAGCCACUCAUACAAAAAGAGUUAAUAACGCAUUGUAAAUUGUUUUCCUCUUUUUAUAUACGACUAUACUUAUAUAUGCAAUAAGGAAAUGGAAUAUUCUCGGUUUGCUGUCAUUCAA